ACUCACCCGGUGGUAUGGAUGCAGCCGCGCGUACCGUACCGUGCUAGCGGUAGCAGCAGCCGCGGCUCGCACGCUGUAGGCCGCGCUGCACCGGACGGCACGGCACGGUACGGCUCUGCUGCUGCUGCGUCGCCGCCGGCCGCGUGUCCAACACGGCACGGCGGAGGGGGAAACAUGCGCAGCGUCACACGGACUCGGUGUAUUUACCGGGGACUAGCGAGCCGCGUGCUUUUCCGCCUCGCUCCACAGAGAGGGAGAGCUUCUCGUGGGAGCGUUGGCGGCGGCAGCGGCAGCACGGUUUGUUGGGUAAAACAUGUCAGAGCCAGGGGACGCAGCAUGGAUGUAUUAAAGAGAGGGAGGAGAGGCCCCCCUCAAACAUUAUCAGGUGAGGAAUGUAAAAGAAAAUGGAAGAACAUGAGAGACCGGUACUUGAAGGAAGUCCGAAUGGAGAUCAAAAGCAAGAAGCAAGGAGAGAUUGCGCAAAGUAGAUGGAAAUAUCGACAACUUAUGAAUUUUAUCGCACCCUUCACUGGAUCAAGAAGCGGAGUGGGAGACAUCGGAGGCAACAAUGAAGACGACCACGACAAUCCUGACAACGAAUCUGGCAGUGCCGAGGGAGAAACCACGCCAUCCGAGGCAGUCAAGACGCCCCAUUCCGUCAUGAAGGGUCCCGUGAGUCAAGCUGACCUGAAGCCCCAGGUAGGGUUUGUGACGCAGCUCCCUUCAGUGGCUCAAGACACACAGAUGGCCCAGCUGGCUGUUCUGGCAAAGAUGCCAUCGGGCCAGCAGAUCACCCCCAAAACUGGACGGAAACGGCGCCAGAAUCAAGAGUCACUUUCGCUGUCAUCUUCUCAAAGUGCAUCAUCCCCUACAAAGUGGCUGGUCAAAGACAAUGGCACGACAUUUCCCAACAGGCCGCGGGAUGAGGACGAACUGUUUCUUCUGAGCUUUGUCCCUGCUCUGAAGCGACUCGCUCCACAGAAAAGGUGCGAGACAAAAAUAAAGAUCCAGCAGAUUAUGUAUGAAGCAGAGUUCAACGUUGCACAGCAAGAGAAACCGCCAGAGCCGGCAAUGCAGGACUAAACUGACUAUUUUUAUACUUUAUUCUGCUUUCUAAAAACCUCUUCCACAAAAUGACCAAAAUAUCUAUUUUUCUUUUUUUUACGGCACACAGUGGUUGAGUCUGAAGUACAUCCUUUUUUUAAUUUGAAAUUAACAAUGAAGAAUACCUUUUACUAUUGAGCAAGUUGUUGCAUUUUUUUUCCACACCACUGUGGUUUGGUGGGUCUUGAUUUGCAUAUUUGUUAGAUGAGUAAGGCUUGUGAGAAAGCCUUAACAUAUUUACACCUUGAUAAACCAGACAGACUCUGAUUAAUUUUUUUAUUUACAUAGAUUUUCUGUCAAUAGAGUGAAUUCACAUUUAGAAAAGUGGUUUCAUGUUCAACCAGCCAGUCUUCAUUCCAGUAAUAAUCUACAGUAUUUUACAUGUAAUUACAGGGACAGAGAAAACUGAGCAAAAAAGAAAUACUUUACAUUUUGGAGAGGAACACUGUUUCAUAAAUUAAAUCUUUCAACUGCUUACAUGCAUCAACAUUUCUUUUUAAUCUCAUCUAAAAUAAAGAGACAAUGCGUGACAUUGUUUUGAUUCCA